CCCCGUUCCAAAAAGAUUUACACAUUUUGACUAAAGUUGAAAUUAAUGAAGGAAUAAUUUUGUGUUGACUUUCCAAAAAUAUCCUUGAUGUGAUGAGUAAAAGUAAGAUGUGAUGUGUAGAUUAUUAGGAAAAAUGUAUGAUGUGAUAGGUAGAGUUUGAAAAAGUAAAGGGUAAAAGUGUUUUUUUAAUAGAAAUGAGUAGGAAAUUAUGGGACGCAAUUUUUUUGAAAGAUGUAAAUCUUUUUGACACGGAGGGAGUAAUACAUUUUUAGUAACAAUCUACACGUUACUUUGUACUUUUAUCCAAGGGUUUUUUGGAAAGUUAACACAAAUAUUUUUGCUUUAAUUUCUUUAAGGUCAAAAUAGGAAUAACUUUUUAGAACGGAGGAAGUAUCUUAUUUGAAAAUUAGUAUAAAAAUUAGAAAUAAAUUUAUAGUUUUAAAAAUUACGCCAAAAAUGAUUCAAAAUAAUAGGUGACUGAUGGGUAUAUCCUUAUACCCGACCCGGACAACCGAAAGGGACAGGUCAAAAUAUGACCGGUCACUUUUAUCAAUCACCAAAUGAGGUUAACUCUUCGAUUGGGACGGGUCAAAAGUUGACCGGUCACUUCCACUAAAAAAGUGACCGGUCACAUUUUGGGCGUUAGCCGAAAUGUCGCAUAAUGUUACGAAGAAGACCAGAGACGGGUUGAGCACAAAGAAUGACCGGGUAACCUUUGAGAGAAGGUGACCAGUCAUAUCAUCUCACUUGACGAACAUUGGUCCAGUAUCUCAGGCAUGGUGAACCACGUCAGAGGACAAGGGGACACCCCGCCGCUCAUCCAUCACGUGGCACAGUGAAAGGGAUGUUUGUCAUUUUGCAGGGCUGAUUGGAUUGAGAAUAUCCAUUUUAGUCUUUGAUUGAACAGUACAUGUUUUGGCCUAUGGUUGCUAAAUUCUAUGAUUGUACAGUGUUCCCAUUAUCUACAGUGACCUUCCCACGAGCUUCCUAUUUUGUCCAUGGAUGAACAGGGGAAGGUCACAAAUCCUCCUCUAUAAAUAUGAUGAUAUUGGAUAGAGGAGGGGAUCCAAUUUUUCUCUCACUAAAGUUCACUCUUGAGAUAGAGUAAGAAAUAUAAUUCGGACUGAGGAGAUUUUACCCGGUCUAGGUCAUAUUUUGUGUUCUUGUUGUGUGUUUUAUAUUGCGGGUCAAGUGUCCAGGUCAAACCCGGUUAACCCACCCAGCUAUAUUUACACCAUCAGUGACAAUUAUGUUUUAUUUUACUCCCUUCGUCCUAUAAUGAUAUUCCGAGAGAAUUUAUAUUUAUUUGUGUUUUUUCAUGGCCUAUAUGAUAAAAUAAAAUAUUCUUGUCACUACUUGUUUUGUUGAACUUUUGAUGUAGUUUUUUUAAAUAUGUAUGUUUUAUUUUUUAUUUCUAUACCAAUAUUUAAAUAAAAUAGAUCGAAAAAACUUAGGAUUUUUUUUCGUUUUGCGAACCGGGAAGAUCAUUAUAGGACGGAGGGAGUAUCAAAUAACAAAACGCACAACUAAAUAAAACAAAUUAGAAUUAUUAAUUUUGGACCGUUGAUGUAGGGGUGAAAGACGUGAAAGCGGAGUGGGAAACCGGAAAAGUGACGGUCAAAGGGGACGUUGACCCCGCCAUGCUCCGCCACACGGUCGCAAGCAAGACCAAGAAACAAGUGUCGCUUCUUUCUCCUCUCCCUAAAAAUGACGACGGCAAUGCUACCGCCGCCGGCGCCGACAAAAAGCCCGACGAGAAAAAAGAGGAAAAGAAACCCAAAGAGGAGGCGAAAGCAACCAUGGUGGUUAUGAAGAUUAGACUACACUGUGACGGAUGUGCACAUAAAAUAAAGAAAAUCAUUAAGAGUAUUAAAGGAGUGCAAAAUGUGACGGCCGACACGGAGAAAGAUUUGGUCACGGUAAAUGGGACGAUGGACGUGGCGGAGCUAACUUCUUACUUAAGUAAAAAAUUGAAGCGGCGCGUGGAGGUUGCGCCAUCAGCUAAGACCGACUCCGGCGAAGAAAAAAAGGCACCCGAGGGCGGCAAGAAGGAGAAAGAGGCGCCGAGCGGCGGCGGGGAAGGGGAGAAGAAGAAAGACGGCGACGGCGAGAAAAAACCGGACGGUGGCGGGGAAGCGGAGGCGAAGGCGGAGGUGAACAAGAUGGCGUACGGCGGCUACCACCCAAACACGCAUUACUACAUGACGCCGCCGAUGUACAACCAAAGUUUUCAUAAUCAAGACUACGGCGUAAUGAUGCAUGAUGACCCAUUUGACGGCUACGGGUUUAACCACGCGCCGCUGUACUCGCGCGUGGCUCCGCCUCCUCCUCCGCCCACGUACAUCAACGCGCCUCCGGACCAUAUGUUCAGCGAAGAAGAUCCGAAUUCAUGUUUUGUGAUGUGAACCGGACAGCUAGCGUUGCAUACAUAAAUAAAUGAAAGUAAAUACUUAAUUAGCUCAUCAUUAUAACUUUAAUGAUGUAUUAAGUUGAAUGUAUGUGAACAUGGUGUAUGUCCAUAUUCAUUCAACUUUGAGGAAUAAUAAUAAAAAAGUUGUGAAAAUUAGUUAAAUGGGAACAAAAAAUAUAUGCGAAAUGGUUUGUGUACAUAGGAGACAUAAAAGAAUAGAUUAACCGACGAUGACGGUUGUUAAUUAACAAGUAUGAAUGGUUUAGGUUGGCUCUUAU